AUGCUCCGCGCUCGGACCGAGGACACCGACAGCGACGCCCCGACGACGACGACCGCCAUCGAGGCCAAGCGCGAGCGCAACCGCCUGGCCGCCGCCGCGUACCGACGGAAGCGCAGUAGCCGCAUCGCCGAGCUCCAGCGUGACAUCCUUCACGUGCUCCUGCGCCACCCCGAGAUUGCACCAACGCCGUACGAGGCGUUGCCGCGCCAGCCCGUGGAGCGCGCGCCGGGCGAGUCGGACGAGACCUUUCGCAAGCGCAGCAACGCAGCCGCGGCGGCCUACUCUCGCCGCGAGCAAGCGCACAAGCUGAGUUUUCUCCGACGCGAGUGGGACCGCGUGAGCUUUCUGAGCCACUGCUGUGCAUUGUAG